CCAAGAGAUGUCCGAGAGGCACAUCGUUUGUCUACCCAUCCAUCCAUCCAUCCAGCUGUCUACAGUGGGGGCAGCCUGGGCAUCGACUGGCUCACACUGAUGGUGUUGCCCUCAUCUCGCUCCCUCCCUGGCCUCUCCGGGCUCAGACUGCGGCUCACAGCAGCAGUGCCACCCACACGACGACCGCGGGCAACCGCACCCCGCCUUCAGAUCGACCACACAAGGAAAGGACGUCACUAGGAGCUCCUGAGUUAUUGGUCUACGUCUCUUCUCUCUAUCGUCACCUUUGUCUUUUGAUGACGGACAGCUGCAUUUGCAGCACACCCCGCUGGCUGGACGUCAGCAUGGCAGACCGGUUGCGGGGCGUGCCGUUGUUCUGAUCCACACACAGAUGACAUACAGACAGACAGACAGACAGACAGGAAUGUGUGUCGUUUUGUGGUAGGGCAUUGCAUUGCUGGUUGAGUGGUGCGUACGUCAGUGUAUGCAGCAAGUUUGGGGUAGAAGAGGGGUGUCCUGGAACCGAGGAGCCUCUCCUGCGCCUGUCGAUAGAUUUGUAGGGCAUCAGCGGUUGGACGAGGUCUUUUGUGUGUUUCUGUGCAUAUGUGUCAUGAGACCUGUUGCUGUAUGGGCUUCCAUAUGGAGCACUCCACCUCAUGCUGGCCUGUCAGAACACAAACGGACACCACACUGUGUGCGGUGUGUGUGUGUGUGUGUGUGUGUAUGUGUGCAAGUAACUGAGUACCUGGCUCUAGCGGCACGUCUACAUAUCCAUAGCCCUCAAUGCCGCACUUGCCGAACCCAUCCUUGCUGUACACCUGACCACACCCAGCACCAACCAAUGUGUGCACACUUUGCCCGCAGAAAUGCACUUACCAGGAAGAACAGACGAGGCGGCGGGGACAGCGGCGUCUCCUCUGCACCCAAUCAAUGAACACACACACACACACACACACAUUACCAGAGCUCAUAUUGGUUCGUCUGUGCGCGGUUGUCGCUUUGACCUCGAUCAGCGGAUUUCUCCAGGGCAGCGAAGUGCAUUUCGAUGGGCUGAUGGAUGACAGGUGACAAAGGAGAGCAGCACAGGUGGGUUUAUGGCUUGCUAUCGAUGAAUAAGGUGCGUGUUGGCUCGCUGACGUGUCCGAAUGUGUAUAUGGGGUAUCCAGGCGGUGCGAAGCACUGCGCUGUCGUGCUGCGGUAGAUGCUGAGCAAGAGAGAGCAGGGAUACACCAAUGGCUGCCAGACGUUCUCCCUCGAUCUGUUUGUUACAAGAGUGGGUCUAUGUCGUCAGGCGCAAUGUCUUGGCUCUCGUCAUCCGUCCCGCCUAUCUCAGCACGCCAACCUGACCAACACGCAACACAUUUAUGUGCAUGAUUGAAUGGCCUGCCCGCCUGCUGACCAUCAUUCGGCGGCAAGAUGCCCUCGAUCGCUACCGAAUACGACCUGAUGACAACCAAGCCAGUGAAGCGAUUUGUUUAUGUGUGUAUGCCUUCGUGUCGGUUCAUCUCUGACCUACCUGCCGAAGAGUAGGCUCCACGGCGAUGGUGUGCCAGGCGGCCCUCUGACGCGAUACCACUCAGGCGGGAACUCUGCACUCAUGGAUGGAUGGAUGGAUGGGCAGACAAAAGCCAGGCAGAGAGACACAUACAUGAGCCCUUUCUCACUCCCUCCCUCCCUCUCUCCCUCCCUCCCUCCAUUGCUCUGUAGGUGUACCUGACAUCUCGUCGUUGAGGUAUGAUGUCGGCCAGUCCGUCACCGUCACGGCGGUGCUGGCAUCAUCAAACGUGUGGGAGGAUGCAGGGGAGGAGCCCCACAACGCCUCACUCUGACCGGUAAAGUCAUACACACACACAUACAUGCUUCUACCAGUGUUGUGUUCACUCGGAUACACACCUUGGUGGUCGCUUCCUGCUUCAACACACCUGCAUUAACACACGGUGGGCAUCCACACACACAUCCCUCGCCCCCGAUUCUCUCACCGUCAGCAUCGUAUCUGAGCAGCUGCCCGAAAACAGACCACACGCACUGGAUGCCCCGCGGCGCGCCCACAGACAGUGACGGCGCGGAGCCAAAGGGCCCUAAGGUGGCCCCCUCACUGGACCAGAAUGGCUCCAUGUCCGCCGCCAACACCGAUGGCGGGGCGGCAAUGCGCAGAGGGGCGAAUCCUGGACCGGCGAGGUUCUCGUACAGCGCGAGAGCCCUGAGAAAGUGAUCAGACGGGCCGAAAAUGAGGCAGGCUAAGUGCGUUUGCGUGUCUUGUGUGUGUGUGUAGUGGGACGAUUACUGUUCUUCGAGUCUCCGUCUGUUCUUCUGCGCGUCGAUGAAGCCCUCGAUGGUGAUGGCGUCCCCGCCCUCGACGAACACUUCUAUGCGGACCUCAUACUGGUGGCCCUGACCCUGGACAGAGGGAAAGAACGACCAUCCACUGGUCGCCCUUUUCAUUGCUGUUGCCAAUUGAACUGUUCACCCCAGGCAGGGAGAAUGUGGCGGACUUGCCGCUCUCGGUCGAUGGGAAGCGAGGCUGCAAUACACAAACAGCACACAGCAUGGAUGCCUCUGUUGCUGUUGGGGCUGGAUGGCUGUCUGUGAGUCACCCACCGUGACUUCGAGCAGUGUCGUCCGUUUCUGUGUGGCCCCACCGAGGGCCGACGGCGCCACGCCCCGGGGCGAGUCGCCCAGGCCUCCAGCCCCACCGGCCUCCAGCCUAUGGGCCGCCAACUGACACAGCAGCACCUCAUGCGCAUCACCACUGAUGGAGUGGGGAAAGGGAGGAAAAGGCAGAACGACAGAAUAUGGGAUGAAUCUCUCUGUGUCUUGUGGAUCUACUUGUCCUCCUUGAUGCUGCCCAUGAUGAGCAUGGACUCCUUGUGGCCAUCGCGGAGCCGGGACUUCUGCGGCUGGCUCCGGCUCCGCAAACCCACCUCCUCAAACGCUAUAUCCGGCACCCUGCACACACACGCACACACACACACAAAUGCGGACUCACCAAUCGUGCUCAUCCAAUGUGCGUGUGGCUGUGUCCUCACUUUGCCUUUGCCGAUGUGGUGAUAGGUUGCAGCACGAAGGCAGCUAGUGCUCGCACGGCGCCUUCGUGUUGCCCGACGAUGUCACGGUCGACGUACGUGAACAGCACCUGAAUGAAACAAGGCACGCAGGCAGGACAGUGAGUGAGAAGAGAAGCGCAUCUGAUUGCCCGUGGUUUGCACCUUUCCUGCAGCCGCGUGCUGUUGGCUCGUGGUGGUGGCCGCAUAUGCGCUCGAGGGAGCCCUGGACGAACAAAGGAAGAACACAUCCAGACAACGAACGACAGCCGAUCUCUGCAUGAAACUCACGCCGGGCUGAGGACUUUCUCCUGCCACCGGAACUCCGCCACGUGCACCUCAGCAGCACCCUCAUACUGCUCGCCUCCCGCUGCUUUCUCCCCUCCUGGUUGACCACCACCAUUUGUCGGCGGGAGGGACGGGUGGCUGGCGGCGAGUGGCAGAUCUCCUCCAUCGGUCUUUCUCAGCAGUGUGGCACGGAUCUUGAGCGCCUCAAGCGGCUCAUCCAAGUGAUAGAGGCCGCUCAUCCCGU